UACACAUCAAAUAUGAUCAGCUGGUUUCAGGAAACCAACUAACUAAACUUCAUCUUCUGCCUGAAAUCAAGGAGCCAUGUUUCUAAACGGCCUUAGCGACAGUAACUAAGGGGCGGGGCGAGACGCCGUGACAUCGCGAGAACACUCCGCGGGAUCCCGCAGCGCUCCUGUAUCUCAGCCUGAAGAGCUCCGAGACCAGAAUCCAGACUCAGUCCAGGACAACACGGUCCACCAGUCACAGCGGAGACCUGCAGGACGAUGGAGAACCAGAACCCGGACCGCAGGAGCCAAACAGCAGCCUCGUGCUCUGAUAGCAGCGAUGUUCAGAGAAGGAGACGAAGAAAUGGACUAAAACGCCAUCGCUGUCCGCACUGUGACAAAUCCUUCACAUCUGGAUAUUUGAAGAUUCAUCAGCGAGUUCACACUGGAGAGGAACUGUACAGCUGUGACCAGUGUGGGAAAACUUUCAUUACAUUAGGUGUCCUGAAAAUCCACCAACGUGUUCACACUGGAGAGAAACCGUACUGGUGUGAACAGUGUGGAAAAACUUUCACUCAAUCAAGUGCCCUAAAACUCCACCAACGUGUUCACACUGGAGAGAAACCGUACUCGUGUGAACGGUGUGGAAAAACCUUCGCUCAAUCAGGUCACCUAAAAAUCCACCAACGUGUUCACACUCGAGAGAAACUGCACUCGUGUGAACUCUGUGGAAAAAAUUUCAGGUCAUCAGGUCACCUAAAAAUCCACCAAUGUGCUCACAGUGGAGAGAAACCGUACCGCUGUGACCAGUGUGGAAAAACUUUCACUCAAUCAGGUGCCCUAAAAAUCCACCAACGUGUUCACACUGGAGAGAAACCGUACUCGUGUGAACAGUGUGGAAAAACUUUCGCUCAAUCAGGUCACCUAAAAAUCCACCAACGUGCUCACAGUGGAGAGAAACCGUACUCGUGUGAACAGUGUGGAAAAACUUUCGCUCAAUCAGGUCACCUAAAAAUCCACCAACGUGUUCACACUGGAGAGAAACCGCACUCAUGUGAACUGUAUGGAAAAAAUUUCAGUUCGUCAGAUAUCUGUAAGAAUCACCAAUGUGUUCACACUGGAGAGAAACCGUACUGGUGUGAACUGUGUGGAAAACAUUUCGCUCAAUCAGGUGCCCUAAAAAUCCACCAACGUGUUCACACUGGAGAGAAACCGUACGCGUGUGAACAUUGUGGAAAAACUUUUAGUCGAUCAGGUGACCUAAAAAACCACCGGCGUGUUCACACUGGAGAGAAACCAUACAGGUGUGAACAGUGUGGAAAAACUUUCAAUCGAUCACAUGUCCUAAAGAAGCACCAACGUGUUCACACUGGAGAGAAACCGUACUCGUGUGAAAAGUGUGGGAAAACUUUCAGUCGAUCAGAUCUCCUAUAUAAACACCAACGUGUUCACACUGGAGAGAAACCGUACUGCUGUGACCAGUGUGGGAAAACUUUCAUUACAUUAGGUGUCCUGAAAAUCCACCAACGUGUUCACACUGGAGAGAAACCGUACUGGUGUGAACAGUGUGGAAAAACUUUCACUCAAUCAAGUGCCCUAAAACUCCACCAACGUGUUCACACUGGAGAGAAACCGUACUCGUGUGAACAGUGUGGAAAAGCUUUCGCUCAAUCAGGUGCCCUAACAACCCACCAACGUGUUCACACUGGAGAGAAACCGUACUGGUGUGAACAGUGUGGAAAAUCUUUCGCUCAAUCAAGUGCCCUAAAACUCCACCAACGUCUUCACACUGGAGAGAAACCAUACUGGUGUGAACAGUGUGGAAAAACUUUCGCUCAAUCAAGUGCCCUAAAAACCCACCAACGUGUUCACACUGGAGAGAAACCGUACUCGUGUGAACAGUGUGGAAAAACUUUCAAGACAUCAGAUUGCCUAAAAUACCACAAACUUGUUCACACUGGAGAGAAACCGCACUCAUGUGAACUUUGUGGGGAAAAAUUCACUUUAUCAACUGUCCUGAAAAAACACCAACGUGUUCACACUGGAGAGAAACCAUACUCGUGUGGAAGAACUUUAGGUUCAUCAGAUGACCUAAAAAUCCACCAACGUGUUCACACUGGAGAGAAACCAUACUGGUGUGAACUGUGUGGACAAACUUUUGCUCAAUCACAUUACCUAAAACUCCACCAACGUGUUCACACUGGAGAGAAACCGUACGCGUGUGAACAGUGUGGAAAAACCUUUAGUCGAUCAGGUGACCUAAAAAACCACAGACGUGUUCACACUGGAGAGAAACCAUACAGGUGUGAACAGUGUGGAAAAACUUUCAAUCGAUCACAUGUCCUAAAGAAGCACAAACGUGUUCACACUGGAGAGAAACCAUACUCGUGUGAACGGUGUGGGAAAACUUUCAGUCGAUCAGAUCUCCUAUAUAAACACCAACGUGUUCACACUGGUGAGAAACCGUACUGGUGUGAACAGUGUGGAAAAACUUUCAAGUCAUCAGAUGGCCUAAAAUACCACGAACGUGCUCACACUGGAGUGAAACCAUACAGCUGUGGCCAAUGUGGCAAAUCUUAUACCAAAAGGAGACACCUUACAAGACACAAAUGCAUUGACAAAGCAUCAGUGUGACAGUUUUCACAGAGCCGAGCUAGCUGUUUCCUUCUGCCCUGAAUACCACCACCUGUUAUCAUGUGACUGUGCUAGACUAACGUCAUGUGAUGACAGCUGAGGAAGUUUGAUUUGGAAAGACCUGGAAAUUGUUAAUCCGGAGGUUUUAUCAGCCAAUAGCAAAAUUAAACUGCAGUACCCAGUAGAGUGCAGUCACUGCAUUUCAGAAUCAGCUUUAUUGCCAGGUAUGUGUACACAUGAGGAAUUUGACUCUGGAUUGUACAUUGCUCACGAUGUGCUUACUUAUACAAUAAGACAAAAAUAAUCAAACACAGGCUACAGUAUAGAGAACCCAUAUAUACAGACUAUGGACUAAACUGACAGAUUGAGCGAAUAGUGUAGUGAGCUGAGUACAAAGGACGUAGGAAAAAAUUAUUAUUACCAUUAUUGUUAUUAUGUACACGUUGGAGGUGGAUGUGAUAUACAGGUGCACAUACAUCAGAGUGAUUGUUUACGGAAGAAACGGUUCCUGAGUCUGUUGGUUACCAGAGGGGAGGAGCUGGAACAGGUUGUGUCCGGGGUGAGAUGGAUCUAUACUGUCCUGAAUGGAGGGCCGGUUGGUACCGAUGAUCCUUUCUGCAGUCCUGACUGUCCGUUGUAGUCUGCUCCUGUCCUUUUUGGUGGCAGAUCCAAACCAGACAGUGAUGGAGGUGCAGAGGACAGACUGGAUGAUGGCUGUGUAGAACUGGAUCAGCAGCUCCUUUGGCAGGUUGAGCUUCCUGAGCUGGUACAAGAAGUGCAUCCUAUGCUGGGCGUUCUUGAUAAUAGUGUUGGGUUGGGGGGGCGUCAGUGCUGAUAGUCCGGGUGCUGAAUGUGAUGUUCUCCAGCCUCAGUUUGUGAUCCACUGACAGGUGGAGGCUGGCACGGUGAGCUGGGUGAGUUUGGUGCUGAGGAUGUUCGGGAUGAUGAACGCUGAGCUGAGGUCCACAAACAGGAUCCUGCAUAUGUCCCUGGAGAGUCGAGGUGUUGCAGGAUGCAAUGCAGUCCCAAGUUGACUGCAUUGUCCACUGACCUGUUAGCCCUGUAGGCAAACUGCAAGGGGUCCAGCAGGAGCGUGGCAGUUUUUAUCCCACUAUAUGUAGAAUUCAAAUGGUUCACAGUAAAAUGUCCACAGGACCUGAAUCCAUCAACAACAUUACUAAAUAAAUCUUAAAGAUUCUCUUUGAUUCUUGAAGAAGCUCUUCUUUGAAGCAGACUGAAGCUCUCAACGUGGCUCCAACUCAUGCACCAUCUCCUCUGUGGGAUGUUUGUACUUUUUGCAACAGUUAGUGUCCUUGUAGUUAAUGUAUAAAUAUAAUGUAAAUAUAUCAGUCUGAGGGAAGCUGAUCCAGUCACUUCCUGUUCUGCCUCCUUCCUGAGAAACAUGUCAAAUGAUUCACCUGAUUGAAUCCACCCGAUCAUGACAAUGACGAGAUUGAUGAUUUUGACCAAACUGCUUAAAUUAAAUGUUUUGAUCUCUUAGCUUGCUCACUACUCAAGAAUGUCUCUGUUCUACAAAAACUGCCAAAGCUCAUUUCUUUUGUCUCCUAAUGAUGUGUCUGCUUAAACAGUAAGAUGACUUUUUAA